CCCGGAGCCGCCCCUCGGCUGCCUUUCUCCCCGCCUGCCGCCGAGAUGGCGCUCGACCCCGCAGAGCAGCAUCUCAGACAUGUUGAAAAAGAUGUUUUGAUCCCUAAAAUAAUGAGAGAAAAGGCCAGAGAGAGGUGUUCAGAACAAGUUCAAGAUUUUACCAAAUGUUGCAAGGACUCUGGACUCCUUAUGGUAGUAAAAUGCCGGAAAGAAAAUUCUGCAUUGAAAGAAUGUCUAACUGCUUACUAUAAUGAUCCAGCCUUUUAUGAAGAAUGCAAAAUGGAAUACCUGAAGGAAAGGGAAGAAUUCAGGAAAACUGGAAUUCCUACCAAAAAAAGGCUACAGAAGCUUCCCACAAGCAUGUAGGCAAAUAUUCAAAUAACACUCAGGAACUCUAAUAUUCAUGAAAGUCAUUUAUAGCCUGAAUCACCUUGAAUAAUGGGCUCAAGAUAAAAAUGUGUGUUUGAUUUAUCCUAAUUAUGGAAAUAUUAAUUUUAUCUGAAGUAAAGGUUUUUUAAAAAUA